GAGAGCCGCCUCGCUAGAACCGGAAGGCGCUGGCCGUUUGCGAAUCUUUCUGACUUAAAUCUCCGGAGCGGGUGGGAAGGAGCUUUCGUGGUGUUGUUGCCAUGGUAUUUUAUUUCACGUCCAACGUUCUUCCUUCUGUUUAUACAAUUUAUAUGGGAAAAGACAAGUAUGAAAAUGAAGAUCUAAUAAAAUAUGGUUGGCUAGAAGAUAUUUGGUUUCAUGUGGACAAGCUCUCUUCAGCACAUGUCUACCUCCGGCUACAUAAGGGGCAAACAGUGGAUGAUAUUCCUAAGGAGGUUUUGAUAGAUUGUGCACAGCUUGUGAAGGCCAACAGCAUUCAAGGCUGCAAAAUGAAUAAUGUCAAUGUAGUAUAUACUCCAUGGGCCAACCUAAAGAAAACAGCAGAUAUGGAUGUGGGCCAGAUUGGAUUUCAUAGACAAAAGGAUGUGAAGAUAGUGACAGUGGAGAAGAAGAUAAAUGAGAUUUUGAACCGAUUGGAAAAGACCAAAGUGGAACGAUUCCCAGACCUGGCUGCAGAGAAAGAAGCCCGUGAUAGGGAGGAGAGGAAUGAGAAGAAGGCCCAGAUCCAAGAGGUAAAACGGAAGGAGAAGGAAGAAAUGAAAAAGAAAAAGGAACUGGAAGAGCUUAGAAGUUACUCUUCCUUAAUGAAAGCAGAGAAUAUGACUUCUAACCAGGAUGGCAAUGACUCCGAUGACUUCAUGUAAAUCUAGGCACCCUCCUUGUGGAAGAUGAAGAUGAAUUUUGACAUCUUAGCCUUUUGCUUUGGAUGCCAAAAAUAAGCAAAUGAAAUUGGGAGUCUCUUUACUUGUUUUAUUAUGAGCAGCAAGUAUGUUCAUUUUCCUGGGCAGAUCAUUCCAGUUAAAGUUCUGAAACCAUCAGUUGUGACUCCAGAGCUAUUAGGAUGUCUUACUUCCUGGAGAGGCUGGAUUUCGGGGUGUCUAUAUUUCCAGGAUAGGUUGAGGAGAAGGCUACACUCAAGAGGCUUUGAGCCAUAAAAUCAGUUUCUGCCUUAAAUUUUCCUGGGGAGCAGAUCUGGAAUGUUUUGCCAUUAUCUUUUGAAUAUAUGUCAUUGAGCUCAGAAAUAUUUUUAUCUCACAGUGUUGGAGUUUGAUUUUUUUUUUAGUUUCCUUAGUUGUUUGGGUACCUGGUUGCACCAAUUACAAUUUGAUACCUCUCAUCCCUUAGAAAUCUGAAUUCAGAACAGCUGUCUUUCCAUACUUAUUAUACUUGGCUAGAAUCCAAAAGCAUCUUUCACCCAGCAAUCAGCAUUUCUUUGCAUUUGUAGCAUGCUGAAAAACCCGGUGCCAUCUUUCAAGGAAAGAAGUAUGCACUUAUGGGCUGUUUUUGUUACGUUUGAGUUCCUUGUGAUCCUGAUGCAGAACUUUAUGUGAGGUUUUUUUGCAUUGGAAUAGUAGAGGAUCCAGAAAAGCUGUCACUAUUGAUUCUUCAUUCAAGAAGGCAUUCAGAAGGUCUACUUCUUUGGUUCUCUUGUAGCUAGCAACAUACAAUAUUUCUUUGCAGUGAACGUCAAUCUUAUUUUUCCCAUAAAAAGUGAAAACUAAAAAAAACCAACAAAAAGUGGUAAGCUAUUUUCUCAAUGUUGUGUCUUAGUUUGGCAUUACCCAUAUUUUUCUUGUUUGGGGAUUUUGUCUAUUUUCUGUCUUAUGGUGUCAUCCUUAUGGGCAUCUUCUGAAAUGUAUAGGUAUUGGAUAUGAAGUCAGGAUCCCUAGAUAUGAAAACUGUUUGCUUAGCCUCAAUAGGGAAAAAUGUAUGGUAAACGUUUUUAUCUGAACAAGUGCCUCAGUAUAAAAAAAAUUAUGAGGGAAAAUGGUGGUAGCUACAAUGUCUAUACCGUGAGUGUCAAACUCGUUGAGUCAAGUUGCCAUCAUGUGAUAUUUUGUGACGUUUUUCCCAUUCGCAGAGCUGGAGUGGACAGGGCCUGCCCAUGAUGCAUCUGGCCUGUGGGCUGCCAGUUUGACACCCCUGCUCUAUAGAAUCCACAAACUCUAAACUAGAGAGCUUCUGAUAGGACGUUGGAGAAAAAAAUAGGUUUGCUACCAUCUUUUACUGUAUUUGCUUGUUUUCUGCGGUGUUAUCACUGAACAUGCAGAAAAAGUUAAAGGCUGGCUUUGACUUCUCUAAAGUUCUUAAAUAAUCUUAGAAAAUGCCUUCAAAAUAGUUCAAGGUUCAGCAUUAAAAUUCCAUCACAUUAGAAGUUACAAAUGCUCACUUGGAAUCUCCAAAAAAAAAA